GAACCAUCAGCCACCCAAGGGCCACCAGAAUGAGUGACAGCACUACUUUGGCUCCUCCACCUUCAAACCAGGGUCCCACCACCCCACGCAAAGGGCCCCCCAAGUUCAAGCAGAGGCAGACUCGCCAAUUCAAGAGCAAACCUCCUAAGAAAGGUGUGAAAGGGUUUGGAGAUGACAUUCCAGGCAUGGAGGGGCUAGGAACAGAUAUCACGGUGAUUUGUCCCUGGGAAGCGUUCAGCCACCUGGAAUUGCAUGAGCUCGCUCAGUUUGGGAUCAUCUGAGGCACCAGAGGUUCUGCCACUCUCAACAGCAUCUAUGUUAACUCUGAUCACUUUUGCCCCAUUGAUCUGCCAGAGUCUUGAAAUUCAGCUGUUCGGAAGUGGUUUCUUUGGGUUACACAGUCAUUUCCUAUAAG